AAUGAGCAGAGUGGGAUUUUUUAAGCAUGCGCACUACGAUACGAGUUAUCAGUAGCGUCCUAGUAACGUACUUAUUUUUUUCAAUUUAAAGGUACCAUUAGAUCCCAAGUGCGAAGCAAGGCUUGGACUCCAAGAAACCUUUUUAAGAAUAAUCUUGAAAAUAAAAUAUUACGCUAUCUGACUGCAUAUCAUUAGAAAUAAUCAUUUGUCAGUUUAAAUUUGGACGUACAAACAAUCUUUUUCUAUUUUAUUUAUUAUUUGCAGUUUAUUAAUUUUUCACUCUACUUUUUACUUGAUCAAGUACUUUUUAAAAUAAUUUCCAAAACUCUCUAACUCUAUAUGUGAGGCUCUUGGUCGUUAAGUAGCGUAAAUCGAAUGAAUUCAUUAUAAAAACAGCAACUUUUUGUUAUCAAAUCAAUGCCUUUAUUUAUACUGGCAAAAAAUAUUAAUGAGAUAUGUAUGUGAAUGAUAUUGUAAAUAAAGUAAUUGUGACAAUAUGUGGAAAAGUAACUCAUGAUCGGGUUGUAAACUCACUUCGCUAUUUUACAAAAUAUGUUAAUUUAUGCUAAUAUAUUAUUUUCGAUUGAAGGAAACUAAUACAAGUGAGGCUACAUUUGAUUAGAAUUUAUUUUAAAAUCCAACACCCGAACUUUCAGAAAACUUCACUUGGCAAUCGGGUUCAUACAGAAGAAAAGAGAAGACGUAGAAUCGAAUGGUGUAAACCUAUAUUUUUGGCCAAUUUAAUGGGGAAUAUGAAAAUUUCGCCUUAUCGCGCUAAUAUCAGAGUCUACCCCUUAAUAAAGUUCUGAUAACAUCGAUACUAGUCACGUUUCAAAUGUUUUGCAAAAUCGAUCUUUGCAUAUGGCGUAUAAAGAACAUCGCUGCCAAAUUUCAAUUCAUAAUGGCCAAAUUAACAGAUCAUGUAACAAUAAUGAUUCCACCUAAAGAAACCAUAAAAAAUCUAACUCAAGAAGUAAAAUGACGCUGUCGCAAAUACAGAAACUAAUUCACAUAAAAUGGCAACUGGACCCAUAACUGAUAAUAAUCCGAAGGCUUUAUUAAGAAGCGUUGAUGAUCCACCCGAUGAGACUAAAAGAAAAUUAACUGUUCUCGAGUCACACGGAUACAUUCUUGGUAAAACUGUAGGUGCCGGUUCAUAUGCUACUGUAAAAAUUGCAAAAUCUGAUCGACAUGAUUGUCAAGUAGCGGUGAAAAUCGUUUCCAAGUUUCAAGCACCGGGGGAUUAUUUAAAAAAAUUUCUACCCCGUGAAAUCGAAGUUGUUAAAGGUCUGAAACAUCCAAACUUAAUUCGUUUUCUUCAGGCAAUCGAAACAACUCACCGAGUUUAUAUCAUCAUGGAAUAUGCUCAAAAUGGGAGUUUACUAGACAUGAUAAGACGCGAUACGUACAUUGAUGAAAUUCGUAGCCGUCGAUGGUUCCGACAACUUUUAGAAGCUAUCGACUAUUGCCAUGCACGCGGUGUAGUACACAGAGACGUGAAAUGCGAGAACCUUUUGAUGGAUCAGAAUCACAACAUCAAAUUGUCCGACUUCGGAUUCGCGCGCGGGCAAAUGAAACCGAAGAACGGUAUAGCUCCCUUAAGCGAAACUUUCUGCGGAAGUUACGCAUAUGCAUCUCCAGAGAUAUUGAAAGGAAUCCCGUAUUUACCUCAUUUAUCUGAUGUCUGGUCGAUGGGAGUAGUACUCUACGCGAUGGUUUAUGGACGUUUACCAUUCGAUGAUACAAAUUACAGUCAACUUCUAAAGCAAGUACAAAAUAAAGUUACAUUUCCUAAAGAACCAAGCGUGUCUCUAGCUUGUCGUACCCUUAUUUCACGAAUCCUAGUACCGCAACGAGUACGAAUAACCAUUGAUAAUAUGAGAAAUGACGCUUGGCUCGCCUCGUCUCUUGUUACAGCUCAAACAUCUACCACUGAUACUUUGAGCGUUCCUGCAGUGCCGAACAUAAAACAAACAGCGCUUGAAAAGAAUAAAGGGACGAACAAGCACACGACUAAUCAUAGAACUCAAAUAGUCGAGGUUCGCUCCUCUGAUUUGAACAUGCCGGAAAAUAAUAAUAAUAAUAAUAAUAAGUAUCGAUAUUUGAGAUAG